UGGGGCAGGAGAGGUGUGCGGCGCCGCAGCAGCCGCGCAGCUUUGUGACGCGGACAUUUGUCCCUGGUUAUGAGACGUGUUUUGUAAGGACUCAGAUUUUGUAACAGAGCGACUGUGUCUCCUCGUCUCUCCCGCACCUCGGCGUCCCUGAAGCGGAUCUCUAAUAACAAACCCACGGUCCGCUAGUGAGCUAACGCUAGCUGACACACCAUGUUGCCAGCUAGCAGAUACUCCAGUCGAGCCCACAGGUGCAUCAGGGCAUUGAAAGCAGUGCAGACGGAGCAUGCUGCCCCUCAGCUGUACACAACACUACACAGCAGGUCCUGCUCCUCGGUGUCAGCGCCCCGCAUCACAACACACUACACAAUCCACCCCAGGGAGAAGGACCAGAGAUGGGAAGGGAUGGAAAUGGAGCGGUUUGCCGACGAGGCGGAUGUGGUGAUCGUCGGUGGGGGCCCUGCCGGCCUUUCGGCAGCCAUUCGUCUGAAGCAGCUAGCCAACGAACACGAGAAGGAGCUGCGGGUGUGCCUUGUGGAGAAGGCCUCUCAGAUCGGAGCACACACUCUGUCCGGAGCUUGUCUGGAGCCCACGGCACUCGAUGAGCUCUUUCCUGAUUGGAAGGAACGAGGCGCCCCUCUGAACACUCCAGUGACUGAAGAUGUGUUCAGCAUUUUAACAGAGAAACACAGAAUCCCAGUCCCCAUAUUGCCAGGACUGCCCAUGGGGAACCAUGGUAACUACAUUGUGAGGCUGGGGAACUUUGUGCGUUGGCUGGGGGAGCAGGCCGAGGAGCUCGGAGUGGAGCUGUACCCGGGUUACGCUGCAGCUGAGGUUUUGUUCCAUGAAGAUGGAAGUGUGAAAGGAAUUGCCACUAAUGAUGUAGGCAUCGCCAAGGAUGGUUCACCAAAGGAUGUCUUUGAGCGGGGAAUGGAGCUCCAUGCUAAAGUCACGCUGUUCGGUGAGGGCUGUCAUGGCCACUUGGCCAAGCAGCUCUACAGGCAAUUCAACCUGCGUGAGAACUGUGAACCCCAGACCUACGCCAUCGGCCUGAAGGAGGUGUGGGCGAUUGAUGAGAAGAAGUGGAGGCCAGGCCGAGUGGAGCAUUCUGUGGGCUGGCCCCUGAACAGGAACACGUACGGAGGAUCCUUCCUGUAUCACCUGAACGAAGGAGAACCACUGGUGGCACUGGGCUUUGUGGUCGGUCUGGACUACAGCAACCCUUACCUGAGUCCCUUCAGAGAGUUCCAGCGCUGGAAGCACCAUCCGUUCGUAGCACCAACUCUGGAGGGCGGCACCAGAAUCGGAUACGGAGCCAGAGCUCUGAACGAGGGGGGGUUACAGUCUAUCCCAGAGCUGACGUUCCCUGGAGGGCUUCUGAUUGGCUGCAGCCCCGGUUUCAUGAACGUCCCAAAGAUCAAGGGCACCCACACGGCGAUGAAGAGCGGCAUGCUGGCUGCUGAGGCCAUUUUCCCCAAACUCACAGCCGAGAGCCUGGAUUCAGCGACAGCAGGUCUCCAUGUGCCUGAGUACGCUGAGGCCUUAAAGAGUUCAUGGGUGUGGAAAGAGCUGCGCGCGGUGAGAAACAUCCGGCCAUCAUUCCACAAUUACUUCGGCCUGUACGGUGGAAUGGCCUACACUGGUAUUUUCUACUGGAUCUUCCGAGGAAAAGAGCCUUGGACACUCAAACACUGUGGCCUUGAUGCAGACCAGCUGAAACCGGCGAAGGAUUGUACACCCAUUGAGUAUCCCAAGCCCGACGGCAAGAUAAGCUUCGACCUGCUGUCCUCUGUGGCGCUGAGUGGCACCAAUCACGAGGGGGACCAGCCGGCCCAUCUGACCCUGAAGGAUGACAGCGUUCCAGUUUCCAGGAAUCUGGCCAUAUACGACGGGCCCGAGCAGCGCUUCUGCCCCGCAGGUGUGUACGAGUACGUUCCAGUGGAAACAGGAGACGGGAUGCGGUUGCAGAUCAACGCUCAGAACUGUGUCCACUGCAAGACCUGCGACAUCAAGGACCCGAGCCAGAACAUCAACUGGGUCGUGCCCGAAGGCGGCGGCGGACCCGCCUACAACGGAAUGUGAACCUCAGGAGUUUUAUUUAAUGUUUUGUCUCGACUGUAAGUACAAAGACACAUUCAGGAUUACUGUCUGCAGCGGAUGUGCCGAAGUGGGGAAAAUAAUCUAUGUAGCUGGUUUUGAGUUUAAAUAUAAGUAAUAAAAUAUCAAAAAGUACGAAAAGCAGUAUUUUGCUGUUGAAAUUCAAGUGUUUUGGGUCGGAGGUUUUGAAACAGAUUCAGGAUCAUAAUAAAACUCACGUGGAAGCAGAGAUCACUCAGUUCCUGGAUGAUUCUCUCAAUAUCCACAACAACAUGGGCAUUUAACAGUUAAAAACUUGAGUUUCUUUUUAAAGAAGUACUUGAUCAGCUGUCAUAGAUAAUAUAUUUCCUUCAAGAUCUGUAUAGGGUGUUUUUAAAAUCAGGCUUAUUGCAGUGAUGCACCGAUCUUAGUGAUAUUGAUUCAAAACAGCUGGACCGGGAAUCUGUGACACUACGACCAAUAUAUAUAUGAACAUAUUGACAUGUUAUUUAAGCCUGACGCUGCCUUACACACAUGAAAGAUCCCAGUUUUUGUAUUGAAUCAAUAAAACUAAAAACCAUGUCAGAUCGGUGCAACCGUGUUUUAUUUUAGGAUCACAUAGUAAAGGUCCACACAGUAUUGUACAAAUAUCAAAAAUAUGACAGGAAUGAAUAAAGAACACAUGGCUGCU